GUCUGAAAUUUGUGAAGUUUAAGAAAUUAUUAGUCUGUGGCGAAAUUUACCGAAAUAAAAUCAACUAAAAAAUAAAAUGAAAGUGAAUUUAUUUUAAUUUAAUUUAUUUAAUUAAUUACGGUAUAUUGUGGUUUGCCAAUUCAACUAAUACAGGAUAUUAGAACAAAAGGCAUCAUUUUAGAUUGUACUUAAACAUAAUUCAACAUUGGUUUAUUUAAGAAGUGCAAAACGAGUUGAUCAGUCAACACAAGAUAUUUUAAUAAACAAAAAAUGUCUUUCUUGAGAGGAUCCGAAAAUUAUGUGUGGUGCACUACCAGUGUGUUAGGGAAAGGGGCUACCGGCGCAGUUUUUCAAGGGGUUAACAAGAACAACGGGGAGCCAGUGGCUGUGAAAACGUUCAACCAACUCAGUCAUAUGAGACCUCACGAUGUACAGAUGCGUGAAUUCGAGGUUUUGAAGAAAGUGAAGCAUGAGAACAUCGUGAAACUGCUAGCUAUCGAAGAGGAGCAGGAAGGCAGAGGAAAAGUCAUCGUCAUGGAGCUGUGCACGGGUGGAAGUCUGUUCAAUAUCCUCGACGAUCCCGAGAACACGUACGGCCUUCAAGAGCACGAGUUUCUACUCGUCGUGGAACAUCUAACGGCUGGCAUGAAGCACUUGCGCGACAACAAUCUAGUGCACAGGGACUUGAAGCCUGGUAACAUCAUGAAGUUUAUCAACGAAGAUGGGACUACUACGUAUAAGUUAACAGACUUUGGAGCUGCAAGAGAGUUGCAGGAAGAAGAGCAGUUUGUAUCACUAUAUGGAACGGAAGAGUACCUUCACCCAGACAUGUAUGAGAGAGCAGUGUUAAGGAAGCCAGUGGGGAAGAGUUUUGGAGCAACAGUGGACUUGUGGUCCAUCGGAGUGACGCUAUACCAUGUGGCCACGGGGCAGCUGCCGUUCAGGCCAUAUGGUGGGAGGAGGAAUAAGGAGACCAUGUUUUAUAUCACCACUAAAAAAGCUUCGGGAGUUAUUGCGGGAACACAAACAACAGAAAACGGCCCCAUAGAGUGGGCCAGAGAACUGCCGUCGCACUGUCAGCUCAGCGCGGGGCUCCGCAAGAUUGUCACGCCCCUGCUGGCCGGCCUGCUGGAGGUGGACCCUCACAGGAUAUGGACCUUUGACAGGUUCUUCUCUGAGGUUCAGAUGGUGACCUCCACUAAACCUGUUCAUAUCUUUCAUGUUAAUAAGGCUGCUAGUUUAAAGGUGUUCCUCAAGCCGGAAGAGAAGUACGAGCACCUGCAGACCUAUAUCUGUGAGCAGACCAGCGUGGUGGCCGAGUCUCAGAUCCUGCUGUACCGGGACACUCUGCUGCUCACAGAGAUUGAUGAUAAUACGCUAGGCAAGAAUUACCCGGACACCACAGCAGAAGUGCCGUUGAUGCUGUUCAACAAGAACAACAACAACGUGUCCAUGACGCCGGAGCCCGAGAUACCCAAGUUCCCCGUCUUCCCCAACAUCGUGUCUGUGGAAAACGAUGCUUCGCAGGCUAAGACGGCGUGCAGCGUAGGGCACGUGGUGAAGCGGCGCGUGGAGACGCUGUGCGCGGCGUCCGUGCUGUGCGGCGCGUGCGUCACACGCUGGGGCGCGCUGCUGGCCACGCGCCUCGCCGCCACCGCCGUGCGCGCGCAGGCGCUGGCCGCGCACGCCGCGCGCCUGCACGACGCGGCGCGCGCGCUCGACCUGGCCGCCACCGCCGUGCGCGCGCUGCGGCCGGCCGCCGCCACGGGCGACGCGUGGUCGCCGGCCGCGUCGCUGGUGGCGGCGGAGGCGGAGGCGUUGCGCAGCGCGGCCGCGGCGCUGCGCACGCGCCACGCGGCCGCCGCGCUGCGCGCCGACUGGGACGACGCGCUGCCGCACUCGCCCUGCCCCAACGACCUGCGGCUGCACCUCAAGGCCAAGACGCUCGUCGAGAGGCUGCGCGAGUCGUGGCAGCACCUGGUGCGCGACCGCGCCACGCGCUCGCUCACGUACAACGACGAGCAGUUCCACGUACUGGAACGCAUCACCGUGGCGGAGACGGGGCGGCGCGCGCGGGCGCUGCUGCAGCGCGCCGCGCCGCUGGCUCGCGCGAGGGCCGACGCCAUCGCUGAUUGGUAUAAAGUGGCGCAAACCGUGUACUUGCAGACUCAGAUCCUGGACAAGGAUCUCUCCAGCACGGAGCUGAAAGUGCUCGCGUUGGCGGCUCGGCUGCAGGACGCGGAGCACCGCACUCGGGCCCUGGUCAACGAGGCGCAGGCUCAGUUGAGCGCGCAGAAGGUGGAGGCGCCGGCGGAGAGAGAAGCCCCGGUGGACAGUCAGAGCUGCGGCAACAGGAGCGCGCGCCACGCGCCCGGCGCGAGCGGCGCCGCCGUGCCCGCCAACACCGGCGUCUCUGCGAGCGGAGCCGGGCUGCGCGCGCUGCUGGCGGAGCACGACAACGUGUCCUCGGCCGCCGCCGCCAGCGCAGCCCUGGUGGCGCGCCUGCUGCACCUCACCGCCGACGUGGCGCCCUAGCGCGCGCCCCGCGAGCGCGACCACAGCCCGCCCCGCUCCACUGCGCAACCCAGUGACCUUCCCAGUGCCGAUCGCGACUGUCGCGACUCUGACAAACCUAGUGACUUAUCCCGUAGUUUAGUGAAAUCUGGUGACUCUAUGAAUGCCGAGCGCAGCUGUCGCGUCGUAACUAAUCCUUGUGGAAAGCUAAGUGCCGAUACAUUUAUAAAACCCAGUAACCUUGCUAGUGACCACCGCGAUGGCGUCUUCCAUAACUUUGCGAAAGCUAGUGACUCUGUUAAUACCGAACGCGACUGUCGCGACGCAGAUAAUUCUUCUCAAAAACCUUGUGACCCUAUUUGCAUUGAUCACGAUUAUCGUGAUUUUCCUCGUAACUUUGUCAUACCUAGUGACUCUAUUAAUGCCGAACGCAAUUGUCGCGACGUAGCUAAUCCUCGUGGAAACAAUAGUGACUCUAUUAGUCCCGAUCGCGAUUAUCGCGAUGACUUUCCCCGUAACUUUGUGAAACCCAGUGAUUCUAUUAACGAUGUGCUCCAUAGUUAUGUAAAACCUGCUUACUUUAUUAGUGCCAAUCGCGACUGUCGUGUUGACUUGUCCCGUAACUUUGUGAAACCUAGUGACUCUAUUAAUGUCGAACGCGACUGUCUUGUCGGAGCUAGUCCCGGUGGGGAACCUGGUGACUUUAUCAGUACUCAACGCGACUGUCGCAACUUCUUGCCAUCUAUUUGUUUAACUGAUGAUAAUAUUAAUGAUAAAAGUGAUUGUAAAACGACAAAUAAAUUGGUUAUAGUUAAUAAGCCUAAGACAAGUCAAUUUAUAGUUGAUAAUAGAUUAAAUUGGGCCUCAAGACUUUACAUAGAAGAAAGUUUAAAGUGUUUAAACACAGAGUGUUGUGGUAACACCAACUUUAAUAGUGAUUCAAAUCUAAAUGUUAAUGUUUUAAAUGAUGGUGUAUUAAGUGGUGGAAACAACGUUAUAGACGAUUUAAAUCCAAAUAUGAGAAAUAGCAAUUUAAUCAGUGAUUCAAAUCCAAAUAUUGAGUUAAGCGAUAAUUUAACGAGUGAUGAUAAAUGUUGGUGCAAUAAGGACGACUGUCGAAUGUAUUUAGAUAAUAACUGUUCUGAUUACUACAUGCAGAAUUCUGAUGUUGCAUAUGAAAAUAUUAGAUUUAAGUGCACGGAAACCUCUUUAGCUUUAACAACUGUAAAAAAUGAAUGUGGAAAUAAAUUGAAUGUAAAAAAUGAAUGUAACAUGAAUAAAUGUAACUUAGGUAAGUAUUAUAUAAAUAAUGCGACGGAAUGCUCUGAUUCAGAGACUAGUACUACAUUAGAGAGUUCGGAUGAAUCUAUGACUUCUCUGGAGUCCGGGAUCAAUACUGUAAUAUAUGAGUCUGCCAGCUGUAAGGAGAUCAACUCUUUGCCAGAAGACACUGAGGAUGUCAAUAAGAACAGAUGCACAAAACCGCACUCCAAAUCAGCCUGUGUACUUAGUUAAUAUGUCCAAGAAUUAUGCAUUUAUUUAUACUCAAUGGAAACUUGUAUAUAAUAUGUAGGUAUGUAGUACAUAAUCAUAUAUGUGUACACCUACACGACACAUACAUACAUGUUUACACACACGCACACAUACACACAAGCAUACACACGCACACACACACACACACAGAGGAAAAUAUGUAUGUAAUCCUACACGAGAUUUGCACAUCUCACAUGAUUUUCGUGAUUUGUUUUACAACUAGUCACAUUCCACAUUACCAAUAUUAAUUUAAAAGUUCACACCAGAUGCUGUAAAAAUUAGAAAAACUACAUCGAAUUUUCGUAAAUUAAGACUCAUACUAAGGAAGUACUGUAAAAAGUUAUAGUAUAGUUGUAAAAUAUUAAAUAGAUUUGCUAGAAAGAUGAAUAAUGGAUUUUCUCUAUUACAUAAAUGUAUAUCUAACACAUGUCUAUAUACAGACAAAAAUUUGACUUAUUUGUUAACUUAUUGUCUUGCCUACUGAAGAUUCUAAGCAAUCAGUAUUAAAAACUAGAAUAAAACCACAGUUUAGUUCAUAAUAAUAUGAUUGGUAAUUUAAACUACAUUGCUAUAAAUAUUAUAAUGACUGAGUUUUCCUUUAAAGAUCUCAUGAAUUGUUCCAUUUCUAUUUUUUAAUUACUUAUGUGAUAAUAAUAUUAUUUCAUACAUAUUUAUAUAGUAAUAGUCUAGUUCUCCUGAUUUUGAUCUAUUUGGGGGGUUUAAUUUCUAUUUUUAUAUAUUCCGAUAUCAUUUACAUAAGGGCAUUUUACAUAUUUUACUUGUAUGCCAAUAAAGAAUCGAAUCGAAAAUGGUGGAGUUUUAUUCCCUCUCACUUACACACUAUACCUAUGUAUAAUGUGCAAGUGAGAGGAAAAGAGUGCUACAAGUUCUAAAGUAUUAGUUAAGUUUUAUUAUAUUCCUUGGUGCUUUUACAUUCAAUAAAUAGUAGUUACUGUUAAGGGUUAAUUCUGUAUUUAAAGUUAUGAGUUUUAAACUUUUAUGCAAACAAUUGUUAUUUUACUGUUAAUAAAAACAUAAUAAAAUUCUAUUCUAAAA